UCUCGAGCGUUAGAUUUGUAAUAAAAAUUUGCCUGAAAAUGAAAUUCGUCUGCCCGCCAUACGCCACCACAAUCAUUUUCGUGCCCACACCACUCCCGCCAAAUCCUGCAACCGGUGAUCGCCGGUGACCGCCCCAAACUUCCGGUAUCCUUCAUUUUCUUGUUAAUCUCUCUUCCCGGCUUUCUUUCUUUUUUUUCUUGCCGUGGGACUUCCGACCUCGUUCUUCUUCAACUCCUUUUUGAUUCCGCCAUGUUUGAUGUUCGAUUAACGAUUCGAAUUGGCCAGUAGGGUUUUGAGUUAUUUCAUUUCUCCGCUUAUCCUAUGUGAGCCGACUGUUUCUAUCGAAUUCGAACACAAUGAGCGCUGUGAAUAUCACGAACGUUGCAGUUCUUGACAACCCAUCGCCCUUCUCUACUCCCCUUCAGUUCGAGAUCUCCUACGAGUGUUUGUCUUCUCUCAAAUACGAUUUGGAAUGGAAACUAAUUUACGUGGGGUCUGCUGAGGUUGAGACUUAUGAUCAACUCUUGGAGUGUGUUCUUGUUGGACCUGUCAAUGUUGGUAAUUAUCGUUUCGUAUUGCAGGCUGACCCUCCGGACCCGUCCAGAAUUCCUGAAGAAGAUAUCAUUGGUGUAACUGUACUUCUGUUGACCUGCUCAUACAUGGGUCAGGAGUUUGUCCGCGUCGGUUACUACGUAAACAAUGAUUAUGAUGAUGAGCAGCUAAGAGAAGAACCUCCAGCCAAAGUCCUGAUCGAUAGGGUUCAGAGAAACAUUCUCUCUGAUAAACCAAGGGUUACAAAGUUUCCCAUUAAUUUUUACCCAGAGACUAAUGAUAGUGGAGAGGAACCUCCUAAUGAUCCUGUAUUAGCUGAAACCAACGGAGACGAACAACUACCUGCUUCGCCUGAACAUCCUUCAGACGAACAAAGUCCAGUCCCUUCCAACUAAGUCAGAGUAUUCCUGUGUCAUGGUCGUUAACUUGUUCUCAAAGAUCAUCAUUGCUGGAAUGUGGAUGGUUUUUGGCUCCAAAAGCUGAUAUAAUUUUUGAGAAUAUGAUGGUUGAAAUGCAGUCUUCAACAGCUGAAUUUGCGACUCAGUUCAUUACACGUUGACUUGUAUUCCCAUGGUUUGUACUUUGUACAAAGAUAGUACAAAUUCAUUAUUUUGAAGGCCUUGUUUGAUAGCUAGAAAACUUUUUGGCGUUUAAAUGGAGCCGAGAAACUGUUAGAUGUUCAUAUUUGGAACAAUUGUGUGUUGAAUUGACCACAAAAACCAAUCUACAAAGCUAUUUUGUUGCAUA